AUGCGGCCGAUGAUCCCCGACUCGCCGGUGGUGCAGCGCGAGGACGUGCCGCGGUGCCGGGCCGACAACCACGACAUCUACAGGCCCGUGCUCGCGGAGGGAGUCGAGGACGAGCUGCGCAAGAGUCUCGAUGGUCGUGUCAUGGGCCCCGUCCACCGUCACCGCAACGUCCACCACCCGGCCGACCUGAUUGAAGGCGUGGAGUGCUGCAGGCACGGGAAAGAGUGCCGCGAUGCGCCGGCCUCGUCCACGCGCCCGGGACGGCUUGUGAAGAAGGGCACCACGUUGCCAGUCUAUGUCAGCGAGCUGCCUCGCUCCCCCUACAUCAUCAUGGAGCCCACCGAGACGCGGCUGCCCAGGGUCUCCACGCCGCGUGCAAGCAUCUAUGAAUAUCUGAUCCCCGGCAGCAACGAGGACGGGAUGCCGCCGCCAGCCCCCGUGCAAUCGACGCGCAACGAGUCGAGACGCGCCCGGCAGAUGGCCGCCCUCGAGCAGAAGGGCAUCGAGCACUUCCAAAAGUACAUCGAAUCGUCGCGGCGACGCGCCAGCAACGACUCCGACAGCAUCAAGCCGCGCCAGCUGGCCCGCUAUCAGGUCGCCGACGCAUCCGACAGCAAUGACACGGAGCAGGACAAUUCGAUCAUCUCGAACAUGACGAUGGAGGAGCUGCGGAUCACCGGCCCGCCCACAAGCCAAACGGAUGCCACGUCGCCCGUUGUAGUAAGCCAACAUGACGAGCCGAAGCCGAAGGCGAAGAAGAAGCUCUUCCUCUCCGCACACAUGGCCGGCUUUUGUACGGAGCACGUCGUCAGGAAGAUGCUGACCAAGCCGCACGAGUUCAGGCUUUACUACAAAAAGAUCAGCCGCAACAACGUCGACAUGGAGGAGCUGCCCGACCGGAUCCCGCUCUCCAUCGCCUACUACACCGAAAAGGGCGAGAUUGUUCACCUCGACUUCCAAAGCCGUGACGGUGCCAUGGCGCCCGAGGUGUCGAUCGACGGCGUCGACUGGUUCGGCUCGGUGAAAUCCUUGGUGCAGUACUAUCACAAGCAUCCCAUGCCCAUCGAAGUCACCAAA